CAUGAAUGAGAGGGAGAGAAGAUCCCACGUCUUCCCAACAAUUUCAGCCAUGAAAUCUGUUUCAACUGAUCCCCUGAACUGGGGCAGCUUCGCCGAAGGCAGCCACCUUAGUCUGGUCAAGAAACUCGUUGAUGAAUUCCGGUGCCGGACCAUAUCCCUCUCCGGCACCGACCUUUCUAUCGCCCAUGUUGCUGCAGUCUCCUCUGGUGCCCCGAAUUCUGGCCCCCGGGUCGACCUCUCCUCCGAGUCCAUGUCCAAUGUCUCAGCCAGUUGCCAAUGGAUCACUGAGAGCUCCACCAAGGGUGCUGACACCUAUGGGGUCACUACAGGGUUCGGUGCCAGCUCUCACCGCCGCACCAAUCAAGCAGAUUCUUUACAGCGCGAGCUCAUCCGCUUCCUGAAUGCAGGUAUCAUCAACGCCGACAACCCCGCAUUGCCAGUCUCGGCCACUCGAGCGGCGAUGAUCGUGCACACCAACACCCUCAUGAAGGGCUACUCGGGCAUUCGAUGGAAGAUCUUGCGAGCUCUCGUGGCUCUCCUUAACUCUGGUGUCACACCUCUGGUCCCUCUUAGGGGCACCAUCACUGCAUCGGGGGACCUGGUGCCCCUCUCGUACAUCGCCGGGGUACUCAUUUGUCGCCCCAAUGCGCAAGCCAUAGCGCCUGAUGGGUCUAUAGUGGGGGCCAAGCAAGCUCUUGAGAUGGCCAAUACGAGUGAUGGUCCCUUUGAGCUUGGACCCAAGGAGGGGGUUGCUCUAGUGAAUGGGACAUCAGUCGGCGCCGGACUAGCUUCGCUGGUCCUCUUCGACGCAAACAUCCUUGCCGUCCUCUCUGAAGUGCUGUCGGCCAUUUUCUGUGAGGCGAUGGGUGGAAAACCCGAGUUUUGUGACCACCUCGUCCAUAAGCUCAAGCACCACCCUGGUCAGAUAGAGGCCGGAGCGAUCAUGGAGCACAUACUAGCUGGGAGCUCUUACAUGAACCGAGUGGCCAAAUUCCAUGGAACCAGUCCCUCGCAAAAGCCUAAGAAAGAUAGAUAUGCAAUGGUUACCUCUCCUCAAUGGCUUGGUCCCCAGAUUGAGGUGAUUAGAGCUGCUACUGAGACAAUACAGAAGGAGAUCAACUCUGUGAAUGACAAUCCAUUGAUUGAUGUCUCAAGGAACAAGACCAUCCAAGGGGGAAAUUUUCAAGGAACAGCCAUUGGGGUAGCCAUGGAUAACACAAGGCUAGCCCUUGCAGCCAUUGGCAAGCUCAUGUUUGCUCAGUUCACUGAGCUUGUUAAUGAUUUCUACAACAAUGGUUUGCCCUCAAACCUUAGUGGGGGUCCAAACCCAAGCUUGGAUUUUGGGUUCAAAGGUGCUGAAGUAGCUAUGGCUUCGUACAUGUCGGAGCUCGGAUUCUUGGCGAAUCCGGUGACGAACCAUGUCCAGAGCGCCGAACAACAUAACCAGGAUGUUAACUCUCUUGGGCUCAUAUCAGCUAGGAAGACAAAUGAAGCCGUAGAAAUACUAAAGCUCAUGUCCUCUACUUACCUUGUAGCCUUAUGCCAAGCUAUUGACCUGAGGCACAUAGAAGAGAACUUGCAGGGUGCAGUGAACCGAGCCGUGAGCCGAGUGGCUCGACAGGUGCUAGAUGCGACCAUUGAAGGCGAGCUCUCGGGCUCAAACCUCUGUGAAGAGUUGCUUAGAGUGGUGGAGGCUGAGUAUGCGUUUUCAUAUAUAGAUGACCCUUGCAAUCCAAACUAUCCAUUGAUACAAAAGCUUAGAGGUGUGCUGUUUGGAAGAGUGAUGGCUGCAAAGAAGGAAGUUGGGAUCUUGGUUUUGCAGAAGAUUGAGGAUUUUGAGCUUGAGUUGAAGAACCAUCUGCCUAAAGAGGUUGAAUUAACUAGAGAGGCAAUUGAGAAAGGAAAUUCAAUGAUCCCAAACAGAAUUAGAGAGUGCAGAUCAUACCCAUUGUAUCGAUUUGUGAGAUCAGAGCUUGAGGUUGGGUUUCUAUCGGGAGAGAGGACUGUGUCUCCAGGGGAAGAGUUCAAUAAAGUUUCCAUAGCGAUUAACAAGGGGAAGCUCAUUGACCCUUUACUGGAGUGUUUGCAUGGAUGGGAUGGUGCUCCUCUACCUAUUUGUUGAUCUGAAAAGUUCUUAGAUCUCUCUCGUUUUCUUUCUCUAUCUGAAAAGUUCUUAGAUCUCUCUCGUGUUGUACUACUGUUUCUCUUUCCAUUGUGUAAUGGAAAGUUCUUGAUUUGGACAUGAAAUUGUACAUCUUGAUGCUCAAUGAAAUGCGUAUGAAAUUUUAAGAAUAUAUAACUAUUUUGAAGUGAAA